AUGGUUAGUAAAUGGUGGAAAGUUAAGGUGGCUCUUGGGUUGAAUACUUGUCUUUUACCUCCAACAACAACAACAACUAGGAGGACAAGUGGUGAUGAGUUGUCUCCUCCGCCUUCAGAGAGGCAUUCCGACGCCGCACUGCUGUCUCCGGUCACCGAAGUUAGCCUGCAAGCUUCUCCUCCUACGCCGGUUUCUGGUGGUCCUGGGUUAAGGUGGUCUAAGAGCUUGAGCAGGUCUUCAAAGAAAACUUGUUCCAUUUGUUUAUCAUCAAUGAAACGAGGAGAUGGUCAUGCCAUCUUCACUGCUGAAUGUUCUCAUUCUUUUCACUUCCACUGUAUUGCUUCCAAUGUGAAACAUGGAAACCAAGUUUGCCCCGUGUGCCGAGCGAAAUGGACGGAGAUUCCCCUGCAGUUUCCUAGCCUGGAUCCUCCACCAGGAAGGGCUAGAGUUAACCCAGUUGAUUGGCCCCAGCAGAAUGCUUCCAUGACUGUAGUCCGACGGUUACCUCCACCUCGUCCUAAUCCUAGGCAGAAUCCUACUUCUUUUCAGGCUCCUGAGCCAGCUGUCUUCAAUGAUGACGAGUCUUUGGAUCAUCAGUCUCCAUCAUCAGAGAGGAACUCCGCAAACAAGAGUUCUUCCGAAAAUGAACCGAGAACCAUGCGAGUGAAAACAUACACAGAAGUUCCAGCUGUUCAACAGUCCAGUGCUCCUGAUAACUUCGCAAUAUUGAUUAAUCUUAAAGCCCCGGCACCAACUUCUACUUCCAGCAGAGACCAGGAAAAUCCAGCCUUAGUUUCCCAAACAUCUCGUGUGCCCGUUGACCUUGUUACGGUUCUUGAUGUAAGUGGCAGCAUGGCUGGUACCAAGCUUGCACUGUUAAAGAGGGCUAUGGGGUUUGUAAUACAAAAUCUUGGUCCCAAUGACAGGCUUGCAGUCAUUGCUUUCUCUUCCACAGCUCGACGUCUAUUUCCACUGCGUAGGAUGUCUGAAUCAGGAAGGCAGCAAGCACUGCAAGCUGUUAACCUUUUAGUCGCAAAUGGAGGGACAAACAUUGCUGAAGGCUUGCGUAAGGGGGCAAAGGUGAUGGAAGAUCGCAGAUAUAAGAACCCUGUUGCCAGUAUCAUAUUGUUAUCUGAUGGACAGGACACAUAUACAGUCAGUAAUGCUGUCAGCAGUCAACAGCAGCCAAAUUACCAACUUCUUCUUCCUCUCUCAAUCAACAAUGAGAAGAGUUCAAAUUUUAAGAUUCCGGUGCAUACUUUUGGGUUUGGGGCAGAUCACGAUGCUUCAUCAAUGCACUCAAUUUCUGAGCUAUCUGGAGGAACCUUCUCCUUCAUUGAGACUGAAAGCGUGAUCCAAGAUGCAUUUGCCCAGUGCAUUGGUGGCCUUCUAAGUGUUGUGGUCAAGGAGCUUCAGGUGAAUAUUGAGUGUGUUAAUUCUGGAGUUAUUCUUAGUUCUUUAAAAGCUGGAAGUUAUCCAAAUCAAGUAUAUCCAGAUGGACGUAUGGGUAAUAUUGAUGUUGGGGACUUGUAUGCUGAUGAGGAGAGGGAUUUUCUGGUUACAGUUAAUGUUCCAACUGAAAUUUCAAGCAGUGAAACUGCACUGUUGAAGGUGAGAUGUGUUUACAAUGAUCCUUUGACCAAAGAAUUGGUGACAGUAAGAAGUGAAGAAGUUAGGAUUAGAAGACCUGAAGUGGCUGGACAACAAGAUGCAUCUGUUGAAGUUGAUAGGCAACAGAACAGGCUACAAGCAGCGGAGGCUAUGGUGCUCGCACGAGCUGCGGCCGAGAAAGGAGACCUGUCUGGUGCAGCAUCAAUCCUUGAGCAUUGCCGGACGAAGUUGUCAGAAAGUGUAUCGGCCAAAUCUCAUGAUCGGCUAUGCCUUGCCCUUGAAGCUGAGCUGAAGGAAAUGCAAGAUAGACUAGCCAGCAGACAUGUAUAUGAGGCGUCGGGAAGGGCCUAUAUCCUUUCUGGAUUGAGCUCACACUCGUGGCAGAGAGCCACAGCACGAGGUGACUCUAUGGAUGGUUCAAGCCUUGUUCAUGCCUAUCAAACCCCAUCAAUGACUGAGAUGGUUACUCGGUCGCAGGCUACACUACUGGGUAGUCCUUCAACACAAAGGCUCAUUCGACCUGCAUUAUCGUUCUCAUCGCUUCCAACUCCAAGGUGA